CGCUUCCUUACUGGACGAGCCUUGCGCACCGCUACGGUAUAUACCGAUCCAUCGAGGGAUCUGAGGAGACAGACCGAUCGGGAGGAGUGAUGGUCGGACCCGGAAGACCGUUGUUCGUGCUCUUCGGAUCUUCCAUCGUCGAGUUUAGCUACGGCAACGGCGGCUGGGGGGCCAUCCUCGCCGACUACUACGCCCGCAAGGCUGACAUUUUAGUGCGGGGAUACGCUGGAUGGAACUCAAGACGUGCUGUCCAAGUGCUUGAUAAAAUUUUCCCAAAGAAUGCAGCAAUUCAACCUGCUUUGGUGAUUGUUUACUUUGGCGGGAAUGAUUCUUGCAUUCCUCACGCAUCCAUCAAAGGUCCUCAUGUGCCUCUUCAAGAAUAUAUCGCGAACAUGGAAAAGAUUGCAGUUCACCUAAUGGGUUUAUCUGAGAAGACACGGAUUAUUUUCCUUAGCUGCCCUCCUGUUAAUGAGGAAAUGCAUCGUCUGACACAAGAUUCUAAACUAUGUGUGACGAAUCGUUCAAACGAAUCCUGCAAAAAGUACUCAGAAGCUUGCAAGCAACUGUGCUGGCGGAUGGAUCUGAAAGUUAUUGACCUUUUCACUAUAAUUCAAGAGCAUGAUGACCAGAGUACUCCAUGCUUUAUUGAGGAUGGAAUUCACUUCUCGGCCGAAGGAAGCAAGGUCCUAGCAAGAGAGAUUCUUAAGGCGAUAAGAAAUGCUGAUUGGAAGCCAACUUUAUACUGCAAUGCCAUGCUGCCAGAGUUCGCAGAGGACUCAGAUUAUGAUUCGGAAUGAUCCUACUCCGCUUAUUAAAAUGCUGAUUAUGAUUCAGAAUGAUCCUACGCUUGCAUUGACAACAAUUGGACUCAGAUGUACAGCUAUUCAGAUUGUUGCUAAUCCUACUCUGCUUAUUAAAUUUAUUAGUUUUAAAAAAAUUUAUUGAACUUUUUUAUCAUGUAUGUUUCUUCAUCUUCGUCAAGUGAUGACUCUAAAAUUUGUUCUCCUUAGCUUUUAAAGCGAUAGUUAUUUGACUUUUCUAUAUUUUUAAAUUAUGCACAUUGAGAUUAGUGUAA